UUUUAUUUCUACAUAUUGCAUAUUGCUCAGUGUAUCACGGGACCACAGUUCGCAUUAACUGCGACCGUAUUUGAUAACAUCUAGGUCUGUGAGUUUUCCAUUUACUUCUUCAUUGCAAUGUCCAAUUGCACCUUUGGUUAACUGACGCCAAUCUCAGUCUUUUGGAAACAAAACAAAACUGGCCUAAUAAUACAGUAUAGUAAAGUUUAUUCCUACUGACGGCCCGACUUACAAAGCUGUCAUGACGUACCACAAACACCCCGGGCGUCUGGCCUAUUACAGUUAUUGAAAUUCCUUCCUUCACCCUAAUAGGACAAAUUCGUCCUUCACUCUGAUUGGUCAAAUUCCUCCUUCACCCUGAUUGGGCAAAUUCCCAUCGCUGGCCCAAGAAACCGAGUGUUGAAAGGCUGCAUGAUUUUUUGUUUAUUUAUUUAUUUUUUUUACCGGAAGCAAAAUAUUUUCUCGAUCUCCGCACAAUGGCGGAGGUUAGGUUACGUUUAAGAGCCCCUGAACGUUUAAAGUAUUCUCGUUUUCUACCUUUCGCGGUGGGAGGUAAACGUGCAGUAACGAUAGUACCGGUUGCGCUCGCAUUCACGUUACCUCGGCGAAUGACCGGAAAUGACGUCUCGUCAGUCCGAGGCUCACGCGGCCGGCUGGCCGUUCUGACCGACUCAACUAAGCGUGUUGAGCCCGGUGUUCCGAGGGAUACCAGCUGCGGAAGAGGCGCACGGAACGUUUCCGUGGACUGUCUUCCUAGACGUGCUCCGGAAUGGGUUGCUUUGCGUGACCGUGUCGACCCGAGCGCGCCGUCGACCGGGAGCCGCUCGAGCGCGAGCAGAAGUGGAGCGGGACGUGCCGCGGGCGCAACGCGUCGGUUCAGCUCCGAUGCGCGUCUGAGAGGACAGAACGGCGGCGCGAGCGACAGCGCGAGCCGAGACCCCCCGCCGCGUACGUCAGAGACGGCGUACUACAAGCUUCUCGAGGUGUCGCCGAGCGCUACCCAAGCGCAGAUCAAAGCCGCGUACUACCGACAGUCGUUCAUCUGUCAUCCCGACAAAAACGCAGGCAGCGAACACGCCACGCUUCGCUUUGCCCAGGUGAGCGAGGCGUACAACGUGCUGGGCAAUAAAGCUCUCCGGAGGAAAUACGACCGAGGGCUCCUCGAUCGGGCCGAAGCGCAGGCGCCCGGCGGAGCCUCCUCCGCCCGGGGGGCCGCCGGUGAAGCGUCGCGUUCGGACGCGUACCCGCGCCGCGCCGCCGCCUUCGACUUCGACGCGUUCUAUCGCGCGCACUACGGCGAGCAGCUGCAGCGCGAGAAGGAGCGGCGCGACCGGAGGGAAGAGGUCAUGAGGAAGAGGAUGCAGCACAAUCGGGACUGGGGAGUGUUCAGAAUGGCGGAGGUCACGGUCUGGAUGAUGAUGGCCAUGGCGGCUGGUAUUCUGCUGAGUCUGAAAGCAGAUUAAAGAGACGGGCGCUUAUAACGGCAACCAUGACAUGCUCGUAACAGUGAGCGUUACAUGUCACCAAACGUGAACGCGCAAUAUCUGAACUGUUUGCCUUAAAAAUAAAGGAUAUGAGGAAAAAUAAAGUUAAUUUGCUUAGAUGAACAAACAUUUUACAGCAGCAAUGAGCUGUUAAGAGUCCAGUGGACCUAGCUGCUGCCUGGAGGUUUCCCUGUAACAAAGCUGUUUGAGACCUUGAUAAAAUGAAAUAUGAGUGAAAUAUUAUAUUGUACAAGUUGAGUUUUUAAAAAUAUUUUUGACCCAAAGAAGAUCUUAAUCUUAAUGGCAUAGUGUGUUCUAGUCCUCUGUGGCCUUAGAGCAUUUGGUUAAUAGUAAAACAGGUGCUUUCAUAUUUAACUACUACAUCUCUUCUGAAUAAUUAAGCAAUUUGUGGAAUGUUUAUUACGCUCAGGUUAGCCCCUCACUUAGUGCACAAAUAAAUUUUUUUCACAUUCAAAUCCACUGCACACUCACAAGCUUCUUGUUUUAUUAACUGCAUUAUUAAACCAAUUUUCUAGCA